UGGGAGCGAGGCUUGCCUGAAAAUUUAAAACAUAUCUUCUGCGAAGAAAUUCAGUAUAUAAAAUAAGGAGAAAUUAUAAAAAUCUUGUGAUUCGUCUAAGGGUCUUUAUCGGUAAAGUAAUAAACGAUUUUGCUACUGCUGGUCGUGAAGCAAAUCAGUUUGUCUUUAGCAAAGUUAUAUCUUUUUUAUGCUUGAAAGAAGUUUGGACAAAAGGGAAGAGCGAGAAUUUUGGCGGGAAUUUAAUUUGGCCAACCUCGUCCCCAGGACUUUGGUUUUUUCUGGCGGUCCUAAUAUAAAAAGCCUCGCAGUUCAAGGGACGAGGUCGUAAUUUGGCGACUAAUUUUAAUUUUCUUCCUAAUAAAAUUUCAUCCCUUAGGUGCUGCAACACAAAUCCCUAACUUUUUAAGUCAACCUCAAAGUUGUAUAAACAAUAUAUAUAUUCAAAAAUAUUUCUCCCACUUUAAAUAUUUAAUACAUUCAACAGGUUCUUCUAUUCUUCUUCACAGAGGAUUCAAAAAUAUUUUUUGCAUAAUUUAUAUGCUUAACUGAAGUGGAACACCAAUGGACUAUACAACAUACAUAAACAGGGGGUUCAAAUGUUUCAAAGUCGGUUUAUUUUAAUAUAAAGUGGCUAAAUAUACACCCUUCGAGAGCAAUUUUUACUACUACACAACUUGCGUUCGCUGGCAACAUACCGUUUUCUAUCAAUUUCUAUAGACAUGGAAAAAACAUAACAUUAUUAGGCAGGACAGGCAAGAUGGGCAGACAGAGAAUGUUCGUCUACGAUUACGAUGGCAGAAGAGUAAAGUUGGAAAAAUCUUCUGACUCACAAAAAGAUAAAAGCGAGGAUUCAUCUUUUAGUUUACCGCCAGUUGAAAACAAAGAGGAUAUUAUGUCGUCUCGAUCAGUAAGCGAGGCUAAUGCCGCCCCAAACCAAGAAGAAGAGGAUGCAGACAUGCCAAAAGAUAAAAAGAGUGAAGAGAUGCGAAAUAAAAAAUAUAAUGUCCAAAAAAAUGGUCUCUUAACCGAUAGCAUGUUAACUCGACGUGGUACAGUACGAAGCAGUGAUGAUUUGUCAUAUUUGCCUCAAUUACACCACCGUGCAAGCACUAUUCGAACAUCUCGGAGUGAGCCAUCAUGGAUGGAGUAUUCUCGCAUGCAUAAACUCGCAUAUGAGCGAUAUCACGCAGCUGACCGUUUGUUUUUACGCGAUGGUAAUUUUCGCAAAACUGCACCGCAUGAUAAGCUUGUGACAUUUUAUAAAGAUUUCGAGAGUGUUGUCCCAGAAAUAAGAUUAGUUGUUAGUCCAGCGCGCUUCAGAAAUGUGAGAGAAUUGAUUGACAAUCUAUCCAGAUUAAUCGAUAUCGGUAACCGUAGGUUUAUCCAUUCACAACAUGGUCAGAUUAUCAGAGAUGUCUCCGAGUUUGAGGAUGGCGGCAUUUAUUUUUUUGGUCCUCCUCACAUCUACGAAUCCAACGAUUACAACCUCUUUCGUCGUCAAGCAACUCCUGAUUUACUAGAUUCCGAGCUUGCUGACGUAACACUAACGCCCCGUGCCCCGCCUGUAUCUUUGUAUCGCCGAAGAAAAAAAAUUAAAAUCAUUUUCAACAACAACAAACUGCACGCGUAUUCGUUUGUUGUGGACACGGGAAAACAUAAAUCUCUACUCCAAAUAUUGCAAGAUUUAACGGACUUGGUUCCGUAUUGGGAACAAGGACAUGUUGAGAAAGUGUGCACACGAAAUGGAAAAACUAUCCAAUCCAUUCAAGAAUUCUUUCAAACAACCGACGAAUUGUUCUUGGCUAUUUCUUGGAACAGUCCGUAUCAUCAUCAAUAUGCUGUCACUGAUAGACCGUACUACUCAACGUACCACAAUUACCUGAGGAAAAAUCAAGUCGAAUAUUACGAACGGUCGCUUCUGCAGCCAUUUGAAAUUAACAUCAAGGGAAAAACACACGAAUUUGAACCUCCAAACAUCGAAUACAUCGAUCCUCUGAUUAAAAGAUUUGAUAUCCCUCCAUUUGAACAUCUUGAAAUGGAAUGGGUAUACGGUUAUAACGGUAAAAAUUGUCGAAACAACAUUGUAAUGCUUCCAUCAGAUGAAAUUGUUUAUUUCAUCGCUAAAAUUGUCGUUGUUUACAAUCUGACAUCGCAGAAGCAAAGAUUCUACACCGAACAUACUGAAGAACUUCGAAGCAUCGCACAACAUCCGAACUUAUGGAUUGUCGCAACUGGUCAAUCAUCCGGUACAUUGCAAGAAGAGACCGGGCACAUUAGAAUUUGGGAUAGCAAAAGCAUGAUCACACUAAAUGUUUUAAGUUUAAAUGACAUUGAUUUAUCUGUGGAAUGUUUAGCUUUUUCUCAAAGUGAUGACGGCGUAAAAUUAGCAAGCAUCACAACAUCAGAAGAUGAAUGGUUACUUCGUGUCUGGGACUGGGAGGAAGCCAACAUCAUAUGCAGUAGUGAACCGUACAUGGAUGUUGAACUAAUGUGUGCGUUUGAUCCGUCUGACAGUGCAAUUCUAGUUUCGUGUGGAAAGGAUCACGUUAGUUUUUGGAAUGUGCUUGAUAUGAUUGCAAGUUGUGAAGACGGAGCUUUCGACGGACACCCUCGCGCUGAGUAUGUCACGUGCUUAAGUUUCAAUGCAGAACACGUGUUGAUAACAGCAGAUUCUUCAGGUAACAUUCAAAUAUGGGAUAAAAUCGAUCGUGUUGUGAUCUCCAACGUUGUGACAGAACAUACUGGCAGCAUAAUAACUAUUAAAGCUCUGCAUGAUCGUUGUAUCCUCACAGGGGGAGGGUCAGAUAAAACUUUAUGUUUGCUUAAAUACGAUGAAGAGUUUCCAACACUAAACAAAGUUCAACUUUCUGAUAACCAAGGUGGAAUUGUUGCAAUUGCAUCAAAUAAUCCCCUGGAGGGAGAUCCAGGGGAGAUGAUGUUGUACCUUGGCACAAGUAUGAACAAGAUACUACAAGGUAGCAUGAACGCGGAGUUACAAUGCAUCGUCAGUGGAACCUCUGAUGACGUCACUGCAUUGGCUGUCAAGACAUCUGACAAAAAGUUUCUGUCCGCUGGAGUUGAUACAGCGAUUACUUUGUGGUCAACAGAAGAUCACACGCAAAUCUGGGAGACCAGCAUUGAUAUUUCGUGUACGGCGGCUUCUCUGCAUACAAAUGGAGAAAUUGCGGCUAUUGGUACAUCUUCCGGAGAAUGGCUUGUUUUUGAGUUGGGUGAACCGCAGCAAAUAGGUUCAUAUCAAUGCGAUAAUUCUCCUGUGACCUGCUUAAGUUAUUCUGAAAAUUCUGCUUUUCUCGCUGCCGGUACAGAUAAGGGAAGUGUGUUCCUGUAUAAUUGUUUCAACGAAGGGAAAGGCUACCGGCAUAUGCAGAGUAUCAAGUCACGUUUGGAUCCUAUUUCAUCCAUCGAUUGGUCGGUUAAUGCUACUCAUUUACGUUACGUCACAACGCGCUACGACAAAGACAUCUGGAACAUUGAAAGCCGUCAAAAGGAAAGCAACCCACAUUACCUACGCAACGUUCAGUUUGACCAACAUACAACAUCUUUGAACUAUUACACGGCUGGUAUAUGGAACAAUGUGGGUGCCAAUACCAUGUUCACUGCGUGCAUUAAGUCGCCCAACAAUAGUUUGUUCUGUGUUGGGACAGAUGCUGGUUCCAUUCGGUUGUAUCAUUAUCCAUGCGAUACAAAAUUGGCCUUGUUCAAUGAGGUUUCUGGACAUUGUGGACCGGUAUCCCAAGUCACCUUUUUAGCGGCAGGCCAAAGUGUAAUAUCAAGUGGAGAGAAUGAUUGUUGCAUUAUUCAGUGGAAAUUAGCGAAGAAAGAAUUAAGCAACGAUCAGCGAUACAAAGAAGCUCAAUAUCCAACGCGAUACGAUCUUGGUGUGAGAACGCGUCUAUCACAGAGGCACUUCAGUAAAAUCCCUUCUCAAAAACGCGUCACACGCCCGAAGACACUUAUGUAUCCGGAAAAGUAGAAAGGCGAUGUGUAUUUUAAAAACAAAAACUUUAAAGCAUGUAUAAAUAUUUUAUAUAUCUAUGUAACUUACGCAUCAACUUUACGCCGGAAUAUGGUUUAACCGGCGUAAAGAAUAUCCCUGGUCGAAUUUGACUGUGGAAAUCUGAAAAGUAACACCUAAAUGCUGACACAAUAAAAGGUCCCAGGGAUACUUGGACUCCAAGUAAACUUAACGUGAAGCCUUUUAAAGUUUUUACAUGUAAUCUUGUGCGGCAGAAAUUUGUGUUAGUUUAAA